CAAAAAUGAAAAACCAGGUUGGAACACGGGGGCAGAAAUGGAAGAAAGCAUCGAUGGUUACACCAACCCCCAAAGAUAAUAAAUCCCAAUCCAACGGUUAUGAUUCUUAUGAAGAGGAUAGCCUGCGUCGUCUUCCCAACGGCGAUACCAUCACGACCCUUUAGCCCUUUCUUCUGAACUCUAAAACAAGGCCUAUCGACUUUCUAAUAGCAGAUAAUUAAAGCCUCUCUCUCUCUCUCUCUCUGCGAUGGGUUUGUCGGCAUCGAAGAGAGUGGAGCAAGCCCUGCGGAACUCGCCGGACUUCGAUGCCGCUUGCAAUUCCGUCUACGAUGAGUGCCUGGAUCUCUCCCAACAUGCCUUCUCCGGUGUACGACCUUACCAGCUCGACGGCGCUUCCGAACGCCUCCAUCUGAACCUCUCCACCGUCCACCCUCUCGUGAAGAAGUGGGUCCCAUCCCCUCCUGCUAGAACCCAGGUCCACAGGGCUUUCAAGAUCGUGAUCGAACGGUCCACGGACCAUUCCAGCGAUGGAGAAACUCUGGGUCCUUCGGAGUUUAAGGCCUUCGCCGUGGAGCUCUUCAGGGAUGCCAUCGUUUCCAACGCUGGGAAAGCAGUGGUUCAGACGAUUCCUAUUGGGAUCGCUGGAAUCGCCGGAAUCGGUAUGGCAACUCGGUUGGGGAAGGAUUUAGUGGGAGCAGUGAUGGGCGUUUAUGCUCUCGGCGUUGGUGCUGCUGUUUACCUGAGUCUCUCUGGUUAGGAUUUUUCGAUUUUCAGUAAUUUUUUUUUUUUAUAUUUUGCGUUCUUGUAAAUAUUUUGUAUGAUAAGAAAUAGAAAAAGAAAAAAAAAAAACAUAAUAGGAAAGUCUAGGAUAUUAUCACAUUAGGCUAUAUCAAUUAGGGUCAAGGUUCAAAUUAUCAACACGUAUUAGUUCGUAUGGUUGAUAUGUAUCAUUCUGGGAGCUCCUCAAUAUGCUUCUAUAGAGGGUGUAUCGGGAUCCUUACCGGUUCAGAGGGUGG